AUCUAUAAUGUUUAUUACUUUUGUCAAGACUGCUAGUUUUGCAUUAACGAAUUAAAACACGUGUUGAUAGCAAUAUUACGUGGUUUUAUCUUGACAUUCGAGUGCGGUAAACUCGUGAAAACAUUUUAGUUUUGGUACGAUUUACGACCACAUAACUUGUAUUACAUAAUGGACGUUUCUGAUUCCAUAUGUGACCAAGAAGGAUUAUUAGUGGGCAUAGGGAAUCCUUUGUUGGACAUAUCCGCCAGUGUUGACGAGGACUUGCUGAAGAAGUAUGACCUGCACCCCGACGAUGCCAUUAUGGCUGAAGAAAAACACAUGCCACUCUACUCGGAACUCGUUGACAAGUAUAAUGCAGAGUAUAUUGCUGGUGGAAGCGUUCAGAAUUCAUUAAGAGUAGCACAAUGGAUUCUAAAGAAACCAAAUAUUUGUACUUACUUUGGCUGUGUGGGAAAUGAUGAAUAUGCUAAAUUAUUAAAGGAGAGAGCAAUUGCAGAUGGAGUCCACGUUCAAUAUCAAGUAUCAAAUGAGGUAGCAACUGGUACAUGUGCAGUGCUAGUAACUGGUACACACCGCUCACUGUGCGCCAAUCUCGGUGCUGCACAACACUUCACACCAGAUCAUUUACAGAAAGAAGAAUGCAAGAAAAGCAUUGAAGCAGCGAAGUUCUUUUAUGCUUCUGGUUUCUUUGUGGCAGUUUCUCCAGAGUCGAUAUUGUUAUUGGCCCAGCAUGCGCACGAUAAUGGACAUACGUUUGUUAUGAACUUGAGUGCGCCCUUUGUCUCACAGUUCUAUAAGGAACCGCUCGAGAAACUUCUCCCAUAUGUCGACGUGCUCUUCGGGAAUGAAUCGGAGGCAGACGCUUUCGCGAAGGCAUUCAACAUAAAUUCGAGCGAUGUGCAGGAGAUCGCUUUACGGAUCGCCAGCAUGCCCAAAUUGAACGCGAACCGCGAGCGCGUCGUAGUCAUCACGCAGGGCUGCCAACCCGUCGUGCUGGUACAGAGCGGACGAGUUACCCUGAUACCGGUCGAGGCUUUGCCGAGGGAACGUAUCAUUGACACAAACGGUGCCGGAGAUGCCUUUACUGGUGGGUACUUGGCGCAGCUCGUGCUGAACCGCGAGCCAGCCGCCUGCGUGCGGUGCGCUGUCUACUGUGCCACGCAUGUCAUCCAGCACCCGGGCUGCACAUUCAGCGGACCCAGCGAAUACAAUGACUGAUCUUUGCACCAAACAUGUAAAAACUCGAAUAUUAUACAAUUAGUUGUUGAACAUUAAUUAGGGUUGUUAAAUAGGGUAUUUUACUAGUGGCGAAAAAAAUCUAGGUAAGCAAUCGAAAUAUCAUCUUUUCGCAUUAAAAGUUUACAAUUUCCAAAAAUAUUCGAAAUUGAGUUCAUAUGCGGAAUCAUUUGGUACCAGUAUUUUUCUCAUAAAUACUGUCAAA